UUGGCGGGAAAUCAGGAUUUUUAUUCAUAUCUUUAGCUUAUACGUUUAGGUUAGAAUUCAUUGAAAGAUCACAUAAUUGUAUAUAUAGGAAGAGUAUUUGAACAUAAGGUUAUAUAAAAAAAAUAUAUAUAUAUAUUUAUGAGAGUGGAUUAGUUGCAAUUGAUAUCUUGAAUUGUGUGUCUAGUGAAGUGUAAUAGAGAUUUAAUUAAUAAUGGCGGAAAAUUUGUGCAAACGAAACGUUACUUCUAAAAGAACAUCGUACAUCGAUUGGGACGAGUAUUUCAUGGCAAUAGCAUUCCUUUCGGCGAAACGAAGUAAGGAUCCCGUUACCCAAGUCGGUGCGUGUAUUGUCAAUGAUGAUAAGAGAAUCGUCGGUAUCGGUUACAAUGGCAUGCCCAUGGGAUGCGACGAUGAUGAAUUUCCAUGGAACAGUGGUCCUCGUACUAGUUUAGACACAAAAUAUCUUUACGUAUGCCACGCUGAACUUAAUGCUGUUCUAAACAAAAAUGCAAGUGAUGUAAAAAAUUGCACAAUAUAUGUUGCUUUGUUCCCCUGCAACGAUUGUGCAAAAGUAAUAAUACAGUCUAAGAUAAAGAGAGUAAUAUAUAUGUCAGAUAAAAACGCUAAUAAGAUUCAAACAAUAGCAGCAAGGAGAAUGUUUGAUGCUGCUGGUAUUGAGUAUAGGCAAUAUAUUCCAAAGAAUAAAAAAAUAGAAAUUGAUUUCAGUAAUGUUAACUGGACAGUAAUGAACCAGUUGCCAUGUACACCAACAAAACAGGAAGACUCAGAACAUUAAAAUCAUCUCUUAAUUGUUUGUGUAGAAUGUAGACACAUUACAUCUGAAGUUGUUACUUAUAUAAAAAAACUGUGCCUUUUAUACUUUAGAUAUUUUUUUAUACAUUUCAUG